CUUCCUGGUCCCCCUCUUCUUAUAAAUACAAGGGCAGAGCUGGGGUCUGGGGGAGUCAGAGAGCAGAGAGCCCAGGAGUCCUCAGGCUGGUACUGGCUGUGCACGGGGAAGAUGAAGACCUCAAUAGCUGCCCUCUCCUGCCUCAUCCUUGCUGCCCAGGCUGCAGUUGAACACCUGAUGCGGAACCUGAAGAAUGAACACUCAAUAUCUCAAGGAGGCCUGCCCUGCCCUGACGAGUGGAGGAGAGAAGAUGGAAACAGCCUUCUAACCACAACAGCAAGAAGAAUAGGGCAAGUUCCCCCAGGAAGAGCACGGUCAAGGCCACUGGACGGAGAGCGUGAAGAGGAGCCUCCGAAGCCCCUACCAGGCCAGCUCUCCUCCCGCAGCCACUCCCUUCACAGGAGGAUGAGGGUCUCCAUGGCAGCCACAUCCCUCCCCCUCCUCCUUGUCCUCAUCACCGUCGCCCUGGGGUCCAAGACUGAAUCCUAUUCAGGAGGACCUUACCACCCCAGCGAGUGCUGCUACAGCUACGUGACCCGGCCAAUCAGGAAGCAGUGGAUUUCAGGCUAUUAUGAGACCAGCAGCCAGUGCUCCAAGCCUGGAAUUGUCUUCAUCACCAAAAAUGGCCGUCAAUUCUGUGCCAACCCCAGCGAUGACUGGGUCCAGGACUAUAUCAAAGGAGCUGAGGAGAUCUGAGUGACCCAGAAGUAGCGGAGAAGGACACAGCUCAGAAUUUAAAGAGAUGGGGCUGAACUCCACUCCCAAUUUAGCCCCAGACACCUCCUGGGAGAUGCCCUGCCUUGAAUUAAAGACCAUCAUGCCCUUCACUGCACUCGUCCAUUUCUACUAAAUUGCCCAUUGGCAGUAGACUUGAGGACACUGGUGAGCCCAGCUCAGGGUGGCACUCUCAGCCUCAAGCAUCACUCUGCAAAAGUUUGGCCAGAGCCUGGUGCCAAAAAAUGGGUCAGGUCUGCGAUGGAGGUAGAGGAAAACUGAGCAGAAAAUGAGGAAGACAGUGUAAAAGCUACCUUUACACAAUAAUAACCGCAAUCAUAACAGA